AUGCAGUCUUCCAUGCUAUAUCUGGCGGCGGCGGCAGCUGCAACGACUAUCAUCCUGUCACGCGCUGUCGGGGCAUUUUCUGGCGGCGCCGGUCCCGCUUCCUGCCGAACCAUGAGUCCCGGCCACAUCCGGGUCCAAUCUCAGGACCCGCGGAAGAGUCACGUCACCGUUCGCGCGUCGGCGCGCUCCUAUCUGCCCGGACAACUGCUUACAGUGACCGUCCGGAGUUCUCGGGACUUCAUGGGUUUCCUGCUGCAGGCCCGCGGCGGGGGCGGCCAAGAUUCGGGAGCCGCGGGCGAGCCGGGGUCCUCCGGAAAGGCUCCGGUUCUGGUGGGCGGCUCCUGGACCUCGGCUCCGCCCGGGACCCACGCGCUGCGUUGCCUGUCGGAAGGCGACACGCUCACCCACUCGGACAAACAGCCCAAGCGGAACUUGUCGUUCGUGUGGAGGGCUCCCGACGCGCCCGUGGGAGACGUUCGCUUCUAUAUCACAGUGGUCCAGUCCUACUUUGUUUACUGGGCGGGGAUUUCGUCGGCGGUGGUGCGCGAUGGCAGUCAAAGUCUUUGGACGGGAGAAAAGACCCGAAGCGCCCUUUUUGGCCUCCGUGAUGAGAAAUCCACUGCGGCCUCAGCUCCAUCGAACAAACACGACCGACCCGCCGGUCUCAAGCCGACAGGAAAAAGAAGCUUUACGCCCCGAGUGCGACUCCCAAAUUCAGGUCCGCCAGACGGGCGGUCCACUUCUGCACCCCCUUUUCCGCUUCGCUCCCCGGAAUCUUACCACCAUCGGAAAGACGAGGCAGAAGACACAGAAAUUCGGACGCCAAUCGUAGGAAAUCCCACCACCUUCAAAUCGGACCCCUCGAUGCCGACGUGGCAGGAAGCGAGAGGACCCGGAAAUUCCACCCGGACAAUUUUGCACUCGGUAGCCUUAUUCCUGAACGCUACAGGGUCCCAAACCCAAAGGCCUGUUCUCCACCCGAUCACGAAGCCCGAAGACCAUCGAUUCCGCUUUAAAGAAGGACCUUCUCAUCCUCCUAGCAUUCCACCCCCGAAAACCUCGUGGCCGCGGAAGCGUCCCCCGUCGGACAAAGCGCUCGACGUGCCGCGUAGUAGCCCCGGAUCGUGGCCCGAAGCCCGUCCAAGAACUGGGCCCUCGCUGUCCGCCCAAAUGUUAAACAUCUCUCCGCCCGUUCGGUCCUUUGCUCUUCCGACGGCAUCCUCCUCCGCCUUUCUCUUCGGCAGAGUCGCCGACUCUCCGUCGUCGGCACCGUUUAACGCCGCUUCCGCCGCCGCCCGGAACGAGCCCAUUUCUCCCACUUCUCCGUCCCGUCAUCCGAGACCUUCUCCGGCUCCGCGUCGCUCCGACGACGGGCCCUCGACGACUCCCCUACUCGAGCCGUCCGGAAGACAGACCCGCGUCGCGCGGUCCGAUCCUAAACGGAAGCCCGACGCGUCGACCUCCGGCCGCAAACUCCGAUCCGACAUCGGGGGAGAAUCGAAAGCGAAGCCGGACGGCCAUCUUUCCGAAACGCCAGGUAAAGAGGGCGAGCGUCCGGCACUCGCGCCCGGGCGUAGCUCUCGGGAGCUGGGAAUGCUGCUGGGAUGCUCCGCCGGCCUAGGGAUGGCGCUGGUGGUCGGCGUGCGCUACGUGUACGGGCAGUCCUGCGGGAGACGCACCGAGGUGACGCUGAACGACCGGGAGCGACAUUACGGGAGGAGCGAGCGAGGGACCGUCCGCCUUCAAGAGUGCGGCGAUUUGGUCCGGGUCCGCCGGAUCCGAGAGAACAGCCUGGUACUUCUCGCAGAGUACGACAUACUAGCAUCGCCUGGAGACUGACGGUUUGGAUACUCAUUUAUUUCCUUUUGUGGAAGAAAAAGUUUUCCUUUCCAAAAUACAAAGUGGCGGCAGCGGCAGAUUGCCGCUCAAAAUAGAAAUGCUUUGGUUCUAGUUGGGGGAAAUGCAAUGUAAACAUUCACGGCUUCAGAAAAAGAGCGCUUAUUGUAGACCUCGGCGUUUAGGGUGCGUCGUCGUCGUCACUUAGAGUAC